UAAAUCUGUGCAGGAGAGGGCAAAGGGCAGUGCAAAAAAAUAAAAUCUAACGUCUAAGAAUAAUGUGUGGGGCAAAGAACAGGUUCAUGCAGGUACUCCAGCACCUGAAGGACUUCAGGAUAAUGUAUGACUACAAGAAACGUUUGAGCACAUUUACUGACUGGCCCUUCACAGAAAACUGCAAGUGCACCCCUGAGAGUAUGGCCAAAGCUGGCUUCGUGCACUGCCCGACUGAGAAUGAGCCUGAUGUUGCUUGUUGUUUUUUCUGCCUGAAAGAGCUGGAGGGCUGGGAGCCAGAUGAUGACCCCUUGACUGAACAUUCUAAGCGUUCUGUCACAUGUGGUUUCCUGUCCCUGAAGAAGAACACUGAUGACCUGACAAUGGAAGAGUUUCUGCGGCUGGAAGUUUUUCGCAUUAAGACUUUCUAUCGAAAGUUUUCCACAGUUGUUGCUGAGUAUCUCGACGAGGAAAUGACGGCUACAACCAAGCGCCUGGUGGAAUAUUUUGCCCAUCAGCAUCAUUGCUCCUUAGAAAUUGAUCUGGAGCAUUAGUUGUUUUAAGUGUUGGAGCUCUGACCCAGAUAAAAAGCUGUGACCAU